AUGGAUUUCUCCUACUUCAACGCGCCCCAGCAUCAGCCGUUCCAACCCUUCGGGUUGCAUAAUCCUCAUGCCGGCGUUCCUCAUUCCGAGGACUUUCAGACCGGUGCUCAAUCUGUUUCUUUCGAUUAUCACUACGGCUCCUUUGAUCCGUCCUCUUUCCCUAAUGUCGGGGUAGCACCGCCAUACUCGCCGCCAGAGUCCUUCACGCUAAACUCGACCAACUCCACCACAAGCGCUGACGUCGCUCGCGACGAUCUUCCAAAACCUGUGUCGACUGAAAAUGCCGACGAUCACAUCGCGGAUCGGAAAUCAGGAUCGGGUCGGAGCAGCAGUGAGGAGAAGGACACAUUGACGCCCGCGCAGAGCAGGCGCAAGGCGCAAAACAGAGCAGCCCAGCGUGCGUUCCGUGAGCGCAAAGAACGGCAUGUCCGUGAGCUCGAGCAGAAACUCAGCGAUCUCCAACAGACAUCCAACGACCUCUAUGCCGAUAAUGAACGCUUGAAACGCGAACUUGCCAAGGUCUCGACCGAGAACGAAAUCCUCCGUGCCACGACGCAGUCGGGUGUUGCGGUCAAGGGCCAUGGAGAAUCGGAUCCCGGGCAGACGACCACGGGACCCAUGCGGUUUUCACCGACAGACUUCUAUUCCAGCGUCACAGGUGAAAAAGGGGAGCACAAAGUCGCCCAUCGGAUCGUCGUGAGCGAAGAGACGGGUGAGAGACUCCUCGAUGCCGGGGCGACCUGGGACAUGAUCCAGAACCACAAGCUGUUCAAGCAAGGCUUGGUCGACAUCGGAGAUGUCUGCGAGAGGCUGAAGGGCUUUGUCCGAUGCGACGGCCAGGGUCCGGUCUUCGAAGAAAGCCGAGUACGAAAAGCGAUCGAGGAAAGCGUUGCUGGCGGGAGCGAUGAACUGAUAUGA